AUGAUUCGUCAAAGUGUAAAUGUGAAGUUGCACCAUAUGUGGAAAGGCUGUAGAUGGUUCUUGAACUCCGGAGAAGGAUCUAGAAUGACUGCCAAUAAGGGAAUCGAAAAUGCGGGAAAAAAAAAAAAGAGAAAGCCGCGCCACACCGGCCCAAAACAUGACUGCGCCACACACACACGUGACAUUUCUUUUUUAUUAAAAUUCAAGAAAAAAAAAAUCAAAAAAUUCUCGGUUUUUUUUUUUUUUCCAAAAUCCCUUUUCCCGAUCUCGGCUUUUGUGUUGUAUAGUACAAACGCGUGUAAUACGAAAACGGAACCGAAAAUUGCCACCCGUCUCGCAUUUUUCGUUACACAACAAUCGCAGGGCGAGCUGACAUUUCACCAAAUCGAUCCAAUUCAUCCAUUUUCCCACUUUUUCCCAUUUUCCAGGGGCGAGCUGACUUUCAAAACUUCCGAGAUUGGUCAGGCAUCCCAUGGGGUAGUUGAACCGUGUUAUGUUCAUUUAUAA